CGUGCGUCACUUCCUGUAUCAGCAUCUGACGUGUCUAAAACUGGUGGUGGGGUUUCUCUAGUGGGGGAUUUAUCAUUAUAAGUAUCAUUUGAUCCGUGGAGUCAGGAUGCUAGACUUCUUCACCAUCUUCAGCAAAGGGGGGAUCGUGUUGUGGUGUUUUCAGGGAGCCGGGGUCACUGAGUCUUUCACCGGGCCGGUCAACGCUCUGAUCCGCUCGGUGAUUCUCCAGGAGCGGAGUGGGAACAACUCAUUCAAUCAUGAGGCCCUGAGUCUUAAAUACAAACUCGACAAUGAGUUUGAGUUGAUAUUUGUGGUGGGUUUUCAAAAGAUCCUGACGCUCACAUACGUGGACAAGUUUAUAGAUGAUGUGCAGCUCCACUUCAGGGAUCGCUAUAAGAAUGAGCUGGAGCAGAAGGGAGCCCUGAAGCUUCUCAACAACAGCUUUGAAUUCCAAGAUGACUUCAUGAUGCUGCUUAGGGAGGCAGAGGAGAGCAGUAAAGCUCGAAGCCCCGCUCACAUGCGGUCCUUCAAGGAGUCAGAGAAAUCCCAAAAAACUGUGAAGUCAAUGAUCGAAACCAAGGGUGGGGACAAAGGCAAAGAACAGGGUGGCAAGAAGAAUAAAAAUACCAAAAAGGAGGCUCCUGCAGUUGACUAUGCUAAAGGGGAUAAAAGUGGGAUCCCGGCCUCUGGCCAGAAGGUGACCGUGGAAAAUGGUAACCAGGGUUUGACUGCUGAUCAGAUCAUGCAAAAGAAGAGGGAGGAAUUCUUCCGCAAGCGCAUGGGGGGACCCGCAGAAAAAAGCAGUAAGUCCCCAAAGCCUCAAAAGCCGAAGGAGAAACAAAUGCGUGUUUGGGACAUGGGUGGAAGCAGCACCAAGAACCUGGACUACAGUGACAGCAGGAACGGAGAACACUCUCUCAAUGAUGCUGAUCACAGUCAGGACACCCAAAUUGACCCAGCAUUGCAGCCAAGCUCUAUGAAGGGAGACCUGCAGUCUGUGGACUACGAGUCCAGUGAGGAAGGGGACAUGGAGGAGGAGGAGGAGGAGGAUGAAGGAGUUGUUGUCAGUGAAACAAGCAAAAUAAGCUCUAAAAAGGGCGGGGCUUUCGGAGGGAUGUUUGGGAUGCUGAAAGGCCUGGUGGGCUCCAAGAGUCUUUCCCAGGACGACAUGGAGCCGGUGCUGGAGAAGAUGAGGGAUCACCUCAUCGCAAAGAAUGUAGCAGCCGACAUUGCCUCCCAGCUCUGUGACUCUGUAGCCAAAAAACUGGAGGGCAAAGUCAUGGGCACAUUCACCACUGUGGCCUCAACUGUAAAGCAGGCCCUGCAGGACUCGCUGGUGCAGAUUCUGCAGCCCAAGCGAAGGGUGGACAUCCUGAGAGACGUCAUGGAGGCGCAGAGCCAGCGGAGGCCUUUCGUCAUCACGUUUUGUGGCGUGAACGGGGUUGGAAAAUCCACCAACCUGGCAAAGAUCUCCUACUGGUUGAUCGAGAACGGCUUUACGGUCUUGAUUGCGGCCUGCGACACGUUUCGUGCCGGCGCCGUGGAGCAGCUCCGCACCCAUCAGCGCCGGCUGAACUCCCUGCACCCCCCCGAACAGCACGGGGGGCGGCCGGUGGUCCAGCUCUAUGAGAAGGGCUACGGCAAGGACGCAGCUGGAAUUGCUAUGGAGGCCAUUGCCUAUGCACGCAACCAGGCCUUCGACGUGGUGCUGGUGGACACUGCUGGGCGUAUGCAGGACAACGCCCCCCUCAUGACGGCCCUGGCCAAACUCAUAGCGGUGAACAUGCCUGACCUCGUGCUGUUCGUCGGAGAGGCCCUGGUGGGAAAUGAAGCCGUCGAUCAGCUGGUGAAGUUCAAUCAGGCUCUGGCCGACCACUCCAUGUCUGACAAGCCUCGCCUCAUUGACGGGAUCGUUCUCACUAAGUUUGACACCAUAGAUGAUAAGGUCGGCGCUGCCAUCUCCAUGACGUACAUCACAGGCCAGCCCAUUGUGUUCGUGGGCACGGGUCAGACCUACAACGACCUGCGCAGCCUCAACGCCCGCGCCGUGGUCAGCGCCCUGAUGAAGGCUUAACUGGCUGCAUGCUCCGCCGUCGCCUCCAAGCCGACCUUUUUUUGCUGCGCUGCCACAAAGAUGUUCCAGCCUCCCUCCGUCUCUCUCGCCCGUCCGUCAUCCUCCUGAUCCACCGUCUGCACUUCGCGUUACAUGGAUGGACUGGAGUCGUGCACAGGACUUGACGAGAGCGCUCUUCAGAAAGUCCGACAAGCCUCCCUUCGAUAUAUUUAUAAAACUUUUGGGCCAAACUAGAAAGUACCUCAGAUCAGUUUGCAUUCUCACAAAAAGUCACAUCCAAAAAGGCUUUUCAGUCAGCUGAACGGACCUAACCUGUGUUUGUCAUUUUAAUGGUUUACACAGAAACGACUUUAUCAAAAUUCUCCUCUUGGCAUCAGUUUUCCCGCCACCAUGUAAAUGAGGUCAGGUCGUGAAGGGCUUGCUGGAUGUGACCUUUCAACAGCUGCCUGUGCCUGAGGAAAGCUCAGUGACCAUAGUGCCUCUCUGUCUCCUCCGUUCAGUCCCCCCCCCCCUCACUGUGUGGAUGGUGACCCACUCCCUGCAGGAAACAUUACAUCCGACAGGUUAGUUUGUGUUUGGUGUCGAUGUUUGGAAAUAAAUCCCGGUCCAUGCAGGCUGCUCUUCCAAGCCACGUGUCACUACGUCUACUGGUUUUGUUGUUUUCCAGAGCUGCUCACCCACAUUAACAGUUAACUCAUUUAUUACCAAAUGGACAUUUUGAUCCUUCAGUUGGAAGCUGAUGAGGUGAGGUCGGUUUAAGUCAUUGGCCCCUUUUAUUUAUUGAUCAUUUGUGUAAGAAUAUCUAAGUCUUAAUUAUGUCUAGCCCCCAUUCAAAUUGUGGUAGUGCAAUACAAGAGAAUAAAGAGUGAUACUCAAGAUUUGAGCUAAUUUAUGAGAAUGUAAACAUUUCUAAAUAAAGCCGCUGUAUGCUACAA